CAAAUGUAAGCCAGCACCGGUGCUAAUAUUUAGCUUCUUCCAAUCCCACUCUCUCUCUCUGUAAUGGAGGGCCGUUUCAAACAAAUUUGUCGGCGAAAGACGUUAUUAAUCAUAUUGAUUUAGAGCGUUCGUUCUUUCUGUUGCUGUGUAGGCAAUAUUGGCUCUGUUUCUUUAUCUCUUGCAGAAGCAGAGGCUGUUUCUUCAUGAAGAUGCCAGUAGCAUUGCUGUUGCUGCUGGCACUAAUCAAUGCUAUUGGAAUAGAUGGAGAAGAAAGCAAUGGAUUGUGUGAUUAUAAGCCUAGUAUAGACCCAAGACCACAUAGUGUGUCCAUUUUGGAGUUUGGUGCUGUUGGAGAUGGGAAAACGCUGAAUACCAUCGCCUUCCAGAAUGCCAUUUUCUAUCUCAAGUCCUUUGCUGAUAAGGGUGGUGCUCAGCUUUAUGUGCCUCCUGGAAAAUGGCUCACUGGAAGUUUCAAUCUUACCAGCCAUCUCACACUUUUCCUUGAGAAAGGAGCUGUCAUUCUUGGGUUUCAGGAUCCAUCUCAUUGGGACGUUUUAGAACCUUUGCCCUCAUAUGGUCGUGGAAUUGAACUUCCUGGUGGAAGAUAUCGAAGUCUAAUAAAUGGAUAUAAGUUGCGCGAUGUGGUGAUAACUGGUGAUAAUGGAACCAUUGAUGGCCAGGGCUCAGUUUGGUGGGAUUGGUUCAAUUCCCAUUCUUUGAACUAUAGCAGACCUCAUAUAGUGGAAUUUAUAGAAUCUGAACGGGUAGUAGUUUCAAAUCUUACCUUCUUGAAUGCUCCUGCAUAUAAUAUUCAUCCAGUUUAUUGCAGUAAUGUGCUUGUUCAAAAUAUGUCAAUCUCUGCCCCUCCAGAAUCUCCUUACACGAUUGGCAUAGUCCCAGAUUCAUCCAAUAACGUUUGCAUAGAGGACAGCAUAAUUGAGAUGGGUUAUGAUGCCAUUUCCCUCAAGAGCGGUUGGGAUGAGUAUGGCAUUGCCUAUGAUAGAGCUACCAGCGAUGUGCACAUAAGAAGGGUCCACCUCCAAUCAUCUUCAGGCUCUUCGAUUGCCUUCGGUAGUGAAAUGUCUGGUGGCAUUUCUAAUGUUCAUGUGGAGAAGGUCCACCUAUACAACUCAUUUAGUGGAAUUGAGUUUAGAACAACUAAAGGCAGAGGUGGCUACAUUAAAAGAAUCUUUAUAUCAGAUAUUGAAUUAGAAAAUAUCAAUCUGGCAUUCGGUGCCUUUGGCGAUCAUGGGUUACAUCCUGAUGACAAAUUUGACCCUAAUGCUCUCCCAGUUAUUGAUCAAAUCACCUUCCGAGAUGUGACUGGUACAAACAUCACAACAGCAGGAAAUUUCACAGGAAUUCAGGAAUCUCCCUUCACCUCUAUUUGUCUCUUUAAUGUCUCCUUAACUGUUUCAGCCUCCUCAAAUUCUUGGGUAUGUUCAAAUAUUGUUGGCUUUUCAGAGUCUGUUUUCCCUGAACCAUGCCCUCAGCUCACAAACCCAUUCUCAAAUUUUUCCUCAGCUUGCUACUCCCUCUUGAAUUCUUAUGGUGAAUCUGCAAGCUUAUGAUACUAUUCUUUCACAAUACAAUCACAUGGGUAAAAGAAAAAAAUGAUUCUUCUCCACAGUUUACUGUCUCCAAAAUUAGCUGAGAUUCUUUCCAAUAAGACACAUGUCUAGAGUAUUUGUUCCUUCGUUCUUUGGUUUUGCAUUUCUGCAUGUUGAUUAUUUGUACAGCUUCAUAUCUUCAUUCAUGUGUAAGAAAAUUUUUGGUAGUGACUCUGCAACAAAACCACAAGUACUCAAAUUUUUGUUUAUAAUGAAGCUUGGUGCUGUACAGUUUAUAUUGUGAAACCUUCAUUAUUGGAUUUGGAUUGACAUGCCAGAUUAUGAGAUGUUGAAUGUGAAUGGGAAUUCUAUAUGGGUAUUUUUUUUUAUUA